CCCUCUCUCUCUCCUCUCUCUCUCUCUCUCUCCCUGUGAAUUGGCACACCCGUUUCUUUCGCCACCGACUUCGAAGGGCGCGUCCCCGCCACGCUCUUCAACGGUCUUCGUCUCCCCUCGUCUCUCUUCCCCCCAAAACCCCCCUCUCCGUUCUCUCUCUCUCUCUCUCUCUCUCUCUCUCACACACACACACACACACACACACACUCUCUCUCUCUCUCUCUAGACUUUUUGAAGUGAUGAAGUGAUUAUUUACUUCUCGCUGUUGGUCGGGAGCCCUCGGUACUUGAAAAUCUCACUUCAGAGCUUUCGAUUUCAGUGGAAAUUAACACCGCACAAUGGUUGAGAAGAGGAAGAAGCAAAGCAAGGGCACAAUCUGUGAAGGAGACGUCUCCACUCUGCUUCAAAGGUAUCCUGCGACAACAGUGCUCACAUUGCUUCAGGAAGUGGCUCAGGUUCCGGAUGUGAAGAUUGAUUGGAAUGAGUUAGUGAAGAAGACUUCAACUGGAAUUUCCAAUGCAAGGGAGUAUCAGAUGCUGUGGCGACAUUUGGCAUAUCGGGAUACUAUAGCCGAAAGAUUAGAUGAUGGGGCCGAUCCUCAGGACGACGAUAGUGAUUUAGAUUAUGAGUUGGAAGCUCUUCCCCCUGUUAGUAGUGAAGCUUCAACAGAGGCUGCAGCUUGUGUGAAGGUACUGAUAGCUUCUGGCUCACAAAGUGACACCAAUCUCCCAAAUGGUUCAACAGUUGAGGCUCCAUUAACAAUAAACAUACCUAAUGGCCAAUCAUCGAGAGGCCCUUCAGAAAAUUCACAAAUGCAAGGGACAAACAUUACAGUUCCAGUCUCUGUUCAAAAACAACCACUGCCUAUAGUAACAUCUGCUGAAGUAUUUGAUGCAAAUGGAUCAGCAAGUGGAAACCUGCCUCCUCGAAAGAAACGAAAACCUUGGUCUGCAGCAGAGGAUCAGGAAUUGAUUGCUGCUGUUCAGAAAUGUGGCGAAGGGAAUUGGGCAAAUAUUUUGAAAGGAGAUUUUAAGGGUGACAGAACUGCUUCACAGCUGUCUCAGAGGUGGGCCAUUAUCAGGAAGCGAAAGGGCAAUUUGAACAUGGGCAGUGGCUCACAUCCUUCUGAGGCUCAGCUGGCUACUCGCAGAGCUGUUUCUCUGGCCCUCGACUAUCCAAUUGUGGACAAUUUGACGGCAGCUUGUUCAAACGCUGGGACAAAUCCCAACAAUACAUCCAGUCACUCCCUUCAUCUUGCUAUGGAAGCCUCCUCAGUUGCCCAAUCCCAACAUCCGUCUCGACAAGAUUCUGCCCCUUCAACUUCGUUAAAGUCUCGAGUAAUGCUAAAGAGACCAUCGACGAAACCUUCUCUUAGCCCUGAUGCUAUGGUCAAAGCUGCUGCAGUUGCUGCUGGGGCCCGCAUUGCUACCCCAUCUGAUGCCGCCUCGCUGCUUAAAGCUGCACAGGCAAAGAAUGCCGUCCAUAUCAUUCCCGGUGGGGGUUCUUUGUCCAAAUCAUCAGUGGGAAGUGCAUUGCCUCCUAAUGUUCACUUUAUUCGUACUGGACUAACGGCCCCGCCACCUUCCACCUAUUCUACUGUCCCUACUAGUGUCUUGCGGCCCUGUGGAACUCUACAAGCACAUAACAGCUCUUUAAAACCUGCACCUCCUACAGUUUCCGUGCUGACUGCCACAGAAUUGAGUCCUACGGUUGAUUGUCAAAUGGAGGAAAUGACUGAUGUUCUUACUCCCACUGCAUCCGGUGACCUGAAGUCUAAUGACAUUUGUAAUUCUAGCUCAUCCAAUCCAUUGAAUGGGCAACUCCAAGAAGAUGAAGUUGUCGUUUCAGGUGAUUCAUUUGAAGAGAGAGUUCAAGGAGAUCAAGUUUCCGCUGCGGGCAAUUCAUCAAACGAGCAAAUCCAAGAUCAACCUCCUAUUUGUAUCAACAGACUGAAUGAGCAACAUCAAGAAGAUCAAAUACCAAGCUCAGAAACGAUCUUAAAUGUUCGAAAGGAUUUUGUUGAGAACCCAAACUGUUCAUCAACGAAAGCCGGGGGGGAUUAUUGUGCAGUUAUUACUGGCAAAGAGGCAACCACCGGGAGUGAAGAAAGAGAUGGUGAUAAGACAAUAGGCAUGCAGGUUGAGGACGGGGGAGAAAAUCGCUCGGAGAAAACGUGUGAGAAUGAUAGCUCGAGCAUGACAAAAGAUCCAACUAAUGAGAACGUUGGAGUUGCUUGUUGAAGGAGUUGCUGGGGGAGGAGAAGGAAGAGGAAUGCAUUUGUAUAUAAAUGACUACGUUUUUGUGAUCCAGAAAAACUGUGUACUUGUGUUUUUCAUUUGAUAUUGUUUUUUCAGAUGUGAAAUUGGUUCGUCUAAAACAAUGUUGCCGACUUGCUUUGGGCAUGGGCAGAAUUUUGAAUGAGCUAGUUUGUAUUAGUAUUUUCACUAGCCAGAAUGGACCAUGCACGUAGUCUGUGUAGUCAAAUAUCCUACUAUGGUAGCAAUGAUGUAUUUGAUCUUUUUGAGAGAGAACAAAAGUCUGUACGUUCCGGAUCACUAA